ACACACGCAGCUGACAGUGGCUAGGCUAAAAGCUAACGGGCUAACAGGUGAAAGUUAGCUGCUCCGAGCAUGGAUUUAUUACACCGAGGCUCGGCAUGAGUUUACAGUAUUACACAUAUGAAAGAGCUUUAAUUAAACCCUGUCUAAUGUCACUGACACAUUGAAGUGUCAUCCGUGUUAAACCGGAGACAGCGGGAUCUCCAUUAGCACCAGUUAGCUCUGCUGCUAACAACAUAAACCUACAGAGGGGUUGAAGAGGUCUGAGUGGUCCUGAGUUCCCCUGAAUAAUGAUGGCAUCCGGGUACAAUGCCAAAGAGGAGGACGGCCAUAUUGGCGUGGUGGGUCUCGGCGGGGCCUCCCUGCGUGGGCGUAAACCUGAGAAUACGGCAUUCAAACAGCAAAGACUCCCUGCAUGGCAGCCCAUCCUGACCGCUGGUUCUGUGCUCCCCGCCUUCUUCAUCAUUGGACUCAUCUUUAUCCCUAUUGGUAUUGGACUCUACGUCACCUCCAACAACAUUCGAGAGUUUGAGAUCGACUACACCGGAGUGGAGGUGUCCAGUCCCUGUUAUAACUGUGCUCAGAACUUCAGCUGGCACAGCACCACCCCCUGCACCUGCUCUAUCCAGUUCUACCUCCACCAGGCCUAUGAGAGUAACGUAUUCAUGUAUUAUGGACUGUCAAACUUCUACCAGAACCAUCGGCGCUACGUCAAGUCCAGAGAUGACAGUCAGCUCAAUGGGGACAUAUCCUCACUCACUAAGCCGAGUAAAGAGUGUGAACCGUAUGCCAACCACGACCACAAGCCCAUCGCACCAUGUGGCGCCAUUGCCAACAGCAUGUUCAACGACACUCUGGAGCUGUUCUACAUCGAUCCAAACGGGACUCGUGUUCCGGUGGCUCUCAGCUCGACAGGAAUUGCCUGGUGGACUGACAAACACGUGAAGUUCAGGAACCCUGGAGGCAGCACCAACCUCACGGCCGCUUUCCAAGGCACAGUGAAGCCAGUGAAUUGGCGCCACCCGGUGUAUGAGCUGGACACUGAUCCUGAGAAUAAUGGAUUUAUUAACGAGGACUUCAUCGUUUGGAUGCGCACAGCGGCUCUACCCACGUUCAGGAAACUGUACCGUGUAAUCCAGAAGAAAAACAACAUGGCACCCACUCUGCCGCGCGGAAACUACUCCCUCCAAGUGCAGUACAACUUCCCAGUGCGCAGCUUCGAGGGCCGGAAGCGUGUGAUCCUCAGCACAAUCUCAUGGAUGGGAGGAAAGAAUCCUUUUCUGGGAAUCGCAUAUGUCACCGUGGGAUCUGUCUGCUUCUUCCUCGGAGUCGUCCUGCUGUUUAUCCACCACAAGUAUGGUAACCGUACCAACAACGCCGACAUCACCAACUGAGAGAGGGAAAUGUACUGUACACUGUCUUUUUUACUGUCUUUACACUGUCUUCACGGAAAAAGGUUGAAUCAAUGAUUAGCCAAAUGAAAAUGAUGUAAUGAACCGUGAAUUACAAAAAAACAAAAGUUAAACAAGACGAGAUGAGAAAACACAGCAGCUCAAACAGGACUAGGACCUUCUUUGUCUAAAGUGAUACUGAUCAGAAAAUAUAGGUUGACAACUUUAGUAAUACCCCAUAUGCUAACUGCUAAGAUACUCAACUAAAACAAAACAAAUCAAAACCUGAAACAUGUUGACUCAAUCCUCUUAAUAAACAAAUACAAACUCGAAGAAGAGCAGUGCGGACAGGUACAGAUAAAUUUCCUUUAAUAAUAAUGAUAAUAAGAAGAAACAUAAUCAUAAUAAUCAUUUUCAUCAUUAUCAUCAUCAUGUGAUUUGCUCAUUUCCCCUUGACUGCAGCUUUGCGCUCUGACUUUUCCCACACUCCUCAUAAUAUGCUCUUCAAUGUUUUGUCACUUGUGAUGGACGUGUGCGGCAGCUUCACAAUUUUUUUAUAUUUUGAUGUAUCUGUCGUUUGUUUGGGGACGGGACUGUCACACUCAACCUGGCAUAUUUACAUGUCAACUCUGACCUGUUUGUGUGUAAAUAAUGUGCAUCUUCCCAUUUGAAAUGAAUACAGAAAAAAACCUAAACUAAUUCUUAUUUAGCAACAGUGAUUGACCAGAGUCAAAUUAAUCUAUCUUCAUUUUAAUUUGAAGCUUUCAACUUCUCAAACAUUUCUGAAAAUUUUCUACAGAUUAUGUGGGAACUAUCAUCCUUAAAUCCUAAAUAAAAAAAUAUGAGUUCAAGGGGUUGGAACACACAAGCAGUCAAACAUUUGGACACUUCUUUCCAUGAUUAUUCACACUGUAGAAUCUCACUGAAGCAUCAAAACUAUGAAUGAGUCAUGUGGAAUGUAGUAGACAAAAAAAUACACUCAAAAUAACAAACAAACUUGUUUUAUAUAUAAAAACUAUCCUUAACCCUUUCCUUUGAUCACUGCUUUGCACUUUUGUCAUUUCUUGACCCUGAGGCUCAGCUGUGAAGUGAAAACCAUCUGAGGAGACUUCAUCAUGAAGCUCAUAGACAGAAGGACAAGGGUUUGGAGCUGUCCACAAAGCAAAGGGCCGACACGCCGAGGAUUUGAAAAUGAAAUAAGUCAACUAAAUAUUUUUUAUAUUUAAUUUUCUUUGCUACAUAAUUCCAUACGUCUGCUUCUUAUAUUUUAUGUCUUCUGUGUGUUAUAAAAUGUAGAAAGUAGUAAAUGUAAAGAAAAAACACAUUUAAUGAGAGGGUGUGUCCACACUUUUGACUGCUGGUGUAAGUUAUGAGUAAACACUUGUAAAUAAACUGUUUUGUUGCUAGUGCAUGGGGGAGAGGAACAAUGCCAGAGCUCUUUUGAUGGCUUGAUUUUGUGCCUGUUUUUUUAUUUUAUUAUUAUUAUUAUUAUUAUUAUUCUUAUAUCAUUAUUUAACAAAAUAUUGAGGCUUUAACAAACUACACAGACUUUCACAGCUUUUUGGAUCCUCAGAUUUGUGAUGCCUUGUAUUGCUUGGUGCAAUUUUCAUGUUUAAUCUUUGGCAGUAUUUGCACGCUCCUCCUCAGGGUUAUUUACUUUUAAAACAGUGUUUUUAUUUGUAUUUAGUGUCUAACUGCAACAUGCACUCUUAAACAUGUGAAUGUUCUGGACCUGCUGCAUGUGAAAAAUGUGUUAAUAAUGUUGUUUUGAUAAGAUGUGUUGAAAUGUAACUGUGGAAUCAAACCAAAAAUAUAUGAAAAUAUAAAGUAUCAAAUAUGCCAG